AUGGGACGAAUGGCGCGGAGUUGCCUGCAAUCGAUUCUGAAAAUAGUGAAUUCGGGAAUCGGGAUGGUUGGGAUGGCCAUGAUUUUAUACUCCCUCUGGAUGUUCAGGGUUUGGCAAAGGCAAAUGGCCCCAGAGGCCCCUGCCCCUUGGUUCAUAUACUCUUUUCUUGGUCUUGGCCUGACUCUAUGUUUCGUCACAUGCUCAGGACACAUUGCAGCUGAGACUGCUAAUGGCUGCUGUCUGUGUUUUUAUACUAUGUUUGUCUUUCUGCUUAUCAUGAUAGAGGCUGCUGUGACCAUGGAUGUGCUCCUAAACCGUAACUGGGAGGAUGAUUUCCCAGAUGAUCCAUCGGGUAAUUUCAAUGAGCUCAAAGAUUUUAUCAAACAAAAUUUUGAAAUCUGCAGAUGGGUUGGCGUGAUCGUAGUUGCUAUCCAGGGUCUAAGUGUGCUGCUUGCGAUGAUUCUUAAAGCUUUAGGACCACAUCGUGAGAGGUACUACGAGAGUGAUGAUGAUUACAGCCCAGAUAGAGUUCCACUCUUGAAGCAUUAUGCUCCUCAACCUUCUUAUGUUGUUGGUGAUCCUCUCCAUCCCUCAAAGAGUGAUGCUUGGAACAUCAGGAUCAAUAGCAAACAAGAGAAGCUUCUCUUCUUGAAAGAUGGUGAAGCGACAGUUUGUGCAUCUUCGGGAACAGGUCAAGGAAUUAGCAUGGUUAAACUGGGUCAAGGAAUUACCAUAUAUGUAUGGAAAGAGUUAGUUAUGGUGGUGAUAGGCAACUGUUUUAUCACAUUCCUCUCAGUUUAUAUACAUGGCUUCGUUUCAAAUGGCUGGAACUGGAAUCUCGCCAGUUGCAAAUAUGUAUCAAACAAUAUCGAAAUAUGUAUAGGUAGAUUAUCUCUUGUACCUGAAAGCUUGACCGAAGUGCCAUUUUGUAAUUUGUAUCCGAUUGAAUUGGGGUAG